AUGAGUCGAGCCGGCUACCUGCUGGCUCAGGCCGUUGCCGUGGCCGCUGUGAGCGCCGCCAUGGCCAGCGAGGGGUGCAGCAGGGCCUUCUCGGCCAUCAGUGGCGGCGUAUCGGCGCUGCACCGGGGCUCUGCAAUCAUACUGCUCCUGUUCCUCGUCUUUCUCGGCAUCGCUGCCGCCAUCGCCGACGGGGUGGUCACCGCCGAACGCGCGGCGAGGGUGUGGUCCGUGGUGCUUCCGGGCGUGCCGCUCGUCGCGCUGCCGAUCUCGGGCCUGCUGCUCCGGGACGACGAGAUCUUCGCGCUGGUCGGCGGGCAGAGCGCGGAGGCGCUUAGCUUCGAGCGGCUGUCGGGCUGGGUGGCGCCGACGCCCUUCCUGUUGGGGGCGGCGCACUCGAUGAUGCCCCGCGCGCUGCGGUGGAAGGGCAAGGUCGCCCUCGCCUGGCUCUGCCUCCACGCGCUCCACACCGCCGUGCUGGUGGCGCGCAUCGGCCCAAGCCCGAAUCUCUGCCGGCACAUGCUCUACCGCGCGGUCGCUCUGGCGGCCGGCUUCGGCGGCGGCGAGCUCACCGCCUGGGGCUUGCGCGGCGACGCGAUUCGGGCGCGGCUGCAGGCGGUCCGCGGUCGGCUGCGCCGGAAGGUGCACUCAGCGCAACCACUCACCGAGGCGGAGGAGGAGAUGCAGACCCUCUUGCUGCGCGAGGAUGGCCGCUGGCUGGCCGACGAGCAGGCUGCUGCUGCCGAGGGCAGUGGGGCCGCCGCCCAGCGCCUCGUGCUCGGGCGGCUGCUCGGCCGAGGCGGGUUUGCAGAUGUGUACGCCACCGAGUGGGACGGCAGGCCGGCCGCCGCCAAGGUGAUCCGACACGCCGAUGCGCGGGAUGGGCAGCGCGUGCGAAAGGAGGUGUCGUCGCUGCGCCAGCUGCGCCACCCGCGGCUCGUCGAGCUCCUCGCGUACGCGCGGCUCGACUGCGGCUCCGACGGCCUGCAGCACGUACUCAUCCUCGAGCUGAUGGCCGGAGGCACGCUCCACGACUACCUCAAGCGCGCAGGCGGCGCCGCCGGGUCGUCGCGCCAGCUGUGGACGCUGCUGACUGACACGGCGACCGCCCUCGCGUGGCUACACGGCCACGCGACGCUGCACCGCGACGUCAAGGCGUCCAACGUGCUGCUCGACGCCUCCCACUCGCGCGCCAAGCUGGGCGACUUUGGGCUCGCCACCACCCACUACGGCGAGCUCAGCCAGACCCCGGCCGUCGGCACCUGGAGGUACCUCGCGCCAGAGGCGUCGCGGCACGCCGGCGGAGGAGGCCGGCGGAGCAGCAUGUGGCACACGCCCGCAAGCGACGUGUACAGCUUCGGCCUCCUCCUCUUCGAGGCGACCUACCGCGAGCCCGCCUUCCAACUGCACCGCUCCGGCUGGUGCGCGCACCAGGCCGCCGUGGCCGGCGAGCGGCCGACGCCUCGGUGGCCUCGCGCUGCCGCCGGCGGGGGUGCGCUCGGCGUGCUCGGCGAGUGCGCGGCCGAGCUGAUGCAGCGCUGCUGGCACCGCGAGGCUUGCCGGCGACCGCACGCGGAGGAGGUGCUUACCGCGCUCUCUUCCCUCGCGAACGGCGAGGGCGAUGAGGAGGGCAGUGCCUUGCUCGGCGCCGCGCCGGGCAGCGGCUGCAGCGUCGGGUCUUCGUACCACAGCGACAAGGUCGAGGGCAGCUACUACACCGAGAGGAUCGGCGCGUCGCGGGAUCCGCAGCACGAGAUCGAGGUCGACAACCUCGAGAUCGACAAUCUCGAGGCGGAGCACGUCGGCGAGGGCGAGGCAGAGGUCGGCGAGGCAGAGUACACGCUGGCGUUCCUGGCGGUGGUUGCGGCGGCGGGCCUCGCGCUGCUGCCGGAGUGGCCGGGCUGGUACCUCGAGGCGGAGCUGCUGCAGCGGCUCGGGGUUGUCGGCGGCCUUCUGGCCUUCGCACUCGCGCGCCUGCUGCUGAGCGACCGCGCCAUCUCCAACGUGUUCGCCGCGCUCAGCCUCCUCGACGCGGCGUCGCACGCCACCUCGGGGACGCUCCAGCUCCUGUCGUCGCUCGACGGGAUGAGGGAGGUGUGUGACGGGAUGAUGCACAAUGCGCAUGCGAUCGCGCAGAUCGCCGCGAUCGUCGGCGCCAUCUACGCGUUCGUGCCGCGCUCGCUGUCCUGGCAGCUGAAGCUCGUCGGCGUGCGGUCUGUCAUCCUCGGCUGUUCGGCGUCCGUCAACGCGGUGCUCCUCGGGUCGCUCGAUCCAUUUCGGGUCCUGCUUCUCUACUGGAGCGCCCCCUUCCUCCUCACCUUCGCCGCCACCCACCUGAUCGCACGUGCCGCCAGUCGCGCUGCGUGGCUGCCGACCUCGCCAGCAGAGCACGACCUCGUCGCAAGCUUGACGUACACACUGACGAGGUCGGCCACACCGACGAGGGUGGACCGCAUGUACGAGGUCGUCCACAUCGACGAGCGCCCGACGGCCGAGGGGCAGCUCGACCCCGCGAGCGAGGCGCGGAGCAGCCGCCAUGCGGGCGGCCUGGCGAGCACCCACGCAGGGACGUACCCAUCCCUCGUCGACGCAGAGGCUGCUGGUGCCGCAGCCUCCCACUCCCGGCCGGGCGACGCGGCACCGCUGUCACUAUCGAGUAGUCUGCUCUGCAGCCGCGACGUCGACCGCGACGAAUCUUCGUCGUACUACAGCGACAAGGUCGAGGACAGCUACGGGUGGUCCUCGGCCUCAGGAGAGACCCACAGAGCAGGCAAGGGCCACUUCGGCGGUUCGUAG